AAAAGUGGGAAAAAAUUAUUUAUGUCUACCACAGGAAGAGGAAGCCGCUCUCAAUCUGGUUAGAGUAAUGUGCACACCAAAAUAUUUUCACUCUAACCACACAAGAAAUCACAUUGGUGCAAUUGCUACAGGAAACCAAAAGAUCCACUACUCCAAAUCUAUAUAAUGUUUAAAUGCCUUGCAACCUGCACACUGCUCCCCUCUCAGCACAAAGACAGGACCAGCAUCUGUGACCAAUACCAUUUUUUAUAGCACCAUGGAUUCUGCUUGGACUAAUGUUUCCGCCAGCAAUGGAAGCAGCUGUGAGGUAGACAGUAAUCAGACAAUUGCACAAAUCAUGUUUACUGUGUAUUAUUCUAUAGUAUUAAUCAUUGGAUCCUGUGGAAACAUUCUUGCUCUUCAUCUUACAUUCAAGAGAGGGAAAAAAGUGAACUCAACAGACAUCUAUCUGAUUAACCUGGCUGUGUCUGACGCCCUGUUUACACUUACCCUGCCUGGCAGAAUUACUUAUUACAUCCUCAAUUUCCACUGGCCAUUUGGGGACAGCUUAUGCAGGAUAACUGCCUUCAUAUUUUAUACCAACACAUACGUUGGGAUUUACUUCAUGACUUGUGUGAGUGUUGAUCGUUAUAUUGCUGUGGUACACGCACUCCGGUUUAGCAAAGUCAGAAAAACACGCUAUGUUAAAUACAUAUGUAUUCUGGUUUGGUGUAUUGUGGUCCUCCAAACAAUGCCACUGCUGUUUAGACCAAUGACAAAGAAAAAUAAAAAUAAAGUUACAUGCAUGGAAUAUUUCAACUUUGAAAAUGUCAGUCACCUGCCAGUUCUUCUCUUGCUAGAUUGUAUCUUCGGCUAUGGGACACCAUUUGGCAUCAUUCUCUUCUGCUAUAUGUGCAUUAGCAGGAGACUGCGUGAAGCUGCAAAAAACAACCGUUUAGCAGACAAGAAUGGGCAAUAUAAAAGAGCAUUCAAUGUAAUCAUGAUAGUACUGAUUGCAAUUGUUCUGUGCUUUACUCCAUACCAUGUAAACAUCAUUCAAUUCAUAGUUAGAAGACUCAUUCACCAACCAUCUUGCUUGGAUAAUAAAGCUUUCAAGAUGUCUCUUCAGAUCACUGUCGCACUUAUGAACAUGAAUUGUUGUAUAGAUCCCAUUAUUUACUUUUUUGCAUUUAAAGGAUACAAGAGAAAAUUUUUAGGCUUAUUUAAAAUAUAUGUCUCAGGUCAAUCCGUGUCUAAGACAUAUUCAGAAAACAACAGCACUAGUCAAAAUCAAGGUGGCACCGUCUUAGUAGAGCUGUAGUGCUAUACGGAACCAAGUACAUGUUCAGAACAAGCUAAUGUAGAGUAUACAGCUCACAAAGUGAUAGAAGUAUGUUCAUGCAAAUACCAAAUCACUAUAAAGUAAAAGAAUUCAAAGUAACUUAUUAAAACUACUUCUGUGACAUUAGAAAGCUUUGAAAUGGGUACUCAUCUAUAUACAUUACCCCUAAGGGCCUUGGUGGACAGGGAGAUUUGUCAACCCGCAAUAAAUGCAUGAUUAAGAGCGGCAAAUGCCAAAAAUGCUUCUCCACCGACUAUAAUUGAAAUUGCAGACGGUAACACCUGCAGGUCGCUUUGUUCUUCUGAAGGUGCCUCACGAGAAAGACUUAUUCUUAAUGUGCUAUUAAUGUCUGAAGGGUUGGGUGCUGUUGUGAUCUCUAGUGCUUGCAUGACUCAUUAUAUAGCUAUGACUCAACUAUAAAAUCCAUGCCUCUGCCAAGUUGAGUUAUAAAAUUAAUGAUAAAUGAUUUUUUUUGUUUAUAGAUAAUGAUCACUGCAAUAAACAACUUUUGCUUUCUGAUGUA